UUCUCCGUAGAAGAUUUUAUAAACAUGAAGUCACUAGUACUUAUGUUUGUAAUAUUUGCAAUUUCUAAAAAUAGUAUAUCCCUAAACCUUGUUCGGAUACAAGAUGUUUUGGACGAUGAACAUGUCAUCAUACCCAAUGAUGAAUAUCAUCCAGUAAUAAAUAUGGAAAAAGUUGACGUUGAAAAAAGAAAUAAAAGAGCUCUACCGGUUGAAGAUGUAAAUAUUACAGAAGAUGAAGUGUUUGAGACUGCAGAGAGCAACAAUUACGUGUAUCGACCGCUUUUCGUAUACAGAAAAAUCGAACAUAGCAAAAGGAGAAUCAAUAUGUUUAACGCUUUUGCUGGAUAGUUGAAAAUAAAAUAAACAUUGGCGAAUAACUUUUACAAGAUAAUUAUGACUUCAGGCGGAAUCGCACCGUCUCAAGAUUUUAAAGACAAGAACAAUUCGAAAUUAAGUGUCGAAAAACUAGCAAACAGCCCGUACAAAUCUUUCAAGCAUUUAGAUAGUAGCAUAUUUAAAACAAGCAAAAACGUCACUCAAAAUCAACAAACAGAAGAAACUCUUUAUCAAAUAUCAAAGGAUUUGGUUUCAGCUAUAUUGUCUAAACUAGAAAUACAAGAUAAAAUUACAAGAAUUACUAGAGAAGCUCUCGAAGCACCGGGUAAAAACAAAGGCAUUACCGCGAUAGAGACAAGGCGCAUCCUAGAUUUUAUUUCGAGAACCUUAUCUGGCCACAUUUUGAGUAUCACCAGAGCUUCUACUGAGCCAGAAUUACAUCGGUUGGUUUAUGGGCUAGGACAAAUUGCCGCUGAAGUUUCCAUUGUGUCGGCCUUAAAAGAUAUUACUUAUGCUACAGCAUUGUCGAAGAAACAAUCUGUGGAUUUGUCCUUAAAAAGAAAGAAGAGAGCCAUUAAUACUACUCCAGAGACCACUGUUCCUCCCGAGCCUUUGCCUGUACCAACAGCAUUCAGUAUACUUUUAAAUAAAACAUAUUCAGCGGUAUCGACCGUAACUACUUCAGAAAAACCUACUAAGACCAGUGUUCUUGUACAAAAUAUGCCAUUUUCGAUCAUUUCCAGAAAUGAAAGGAAACCUGUCCAUGUCUUGGCUCCAAAGAAAUACUCACAUCCUCCCGCAAAGGGUUUCCUAAAUCAAACAGUUUUAGAUGCAGAAAAUGUUGAUCCUGAAACAAAUAAAACUGAAGCAAUUUUAAUGGAAAAGGCGGUUAAUGGUACACAUUACGUUACUGUAGACACACAAACAUUAGAUACACAAGAACUGAACGCUCCAGGUCUUAUGGACGAUUGGGUAGAACAGAAAGACAAUGCUUAUAAAUCAGCCUUAAACGCAGAUGUAGCAGCAGAUAUCGAAAUUGAUCAGCCCGAAUCAUUUGAAGAUGAUGCUGUAAAUGAAAAGAAAGCUAAGCAGAAGUUAGAGAGAUUAGAAGUAAAGGCCAAAAAGGCGAUUCUUUAUGCUGGAGACGUGGCUUACUUGGCCGCUGCUAGCGUGGUUGCGAUGAGGCGAGCUUUAACUGCUUCAAUUGAAGUACAGAUGUCAGUGAAGUAUGCCAAGAAUGGUAUGUCGAAUCACCAAGAUUUGAUGAUGAAUUUGGCAAAGACGGCAGCCCAACAAGCUGGAAAAGAAGCAAAGAGUGCGACGUCAAAGUCUCUAGCUAGUGAGCGAGUUAUAAAGCUUGCUUUGAAGUAUACAGCACAAUCUCAUGGAGCUAAAUUGAAUCAUGUUGCAAAUAGGAUUGUGAUGGAUACAUUGUCACUAGCUACGCUUGCCAAGUCUAUGGCGUUUGUGUCUUCUGACAUUGCUAUAAACUCACUCUACCAGGCCACUGAUGUUAAGCCUCCAUCAUAAUCAACUUAUAAUUUAAAUCUAAUAGAUCUGCAAUUUGAUUAUUUGAAUAAAAUGUGUUGCUUUUUGAUA